AUGAUGCGACGAAAAAGGGUACUUUAUUCUUUACUCGCGCUUUUCUGAAAUUCAAAUUAUAAUUAAUUACUUAAAUUCUGUUACGUUCAUAUACUUUGAUUAAGAUCGGAUUUGAUUAGAGAACUAAUGAAAAAUAAAAAAUGAUUUAUUUUUUAUAGGGUGGUUUAAAAUCUGUACGAAAAAUGGCUAAGAAAACAACACCAGCGGCAUUACAAACUGAAAUUUCCAAUAACGAUGAAUGGGAGAAACUUCUUACGAAACCAGGUUUAAUAGGAAUUCAAUCUUUCAAAUCAGUGGUCGAUAUAUAUUCAGAAUGGAGCGGACCUUGCACAGGGAUGGUGAGCACUCUUAAAAAAAUUAAAAUGGAAAUUGGAGGAGAUGCAUUGAGUUAUGCGACGAAUGGUCGAAUGGUAAAUCUCAUGUUUGGUGCUCAAUGCCCACAAUUAUUAAAAGUAUUAACAAUGGAAUUGCAACGAGUACAAAAUGGCGAGGAACAUGAGUUUUCUUUAGAUGUAUCGGAAAGAAGUCCGGAAGAAAUAAAACGAUUAAAAGUUAUCGAAGAAACUAGAAUAGCUAAAGAAGCAGCGAAAAAGGCUCAAAAAGAAGCUGAAGUUGUAGCACGAUAUGAAGCUGAAAUGUUGCAUCUGACUACUUCACUGAAUAAAGAAACAUGUCUUUUACUUUAUCCAUGGAUUUUUAAAGAUGAAGAAGGUCAUAAAAGAGAUAAAAAAUCAAGUCCACCGUAUGUAGAAUUAAUUGAAGAAAUACUACUAGGAAAUUACACUGUCGAACAAGAAAUACGAAAACGACUCAAUGAGGAUAUUCUAUCCACGAUGUUUAAUGAAUCUGAUUACGUAUUAUCACCAAAUACUAAACAACUGCUCCUAGAUGGGAAAUGUAUGUUUAUGCGAUUAAAAUUUAGUGAAACAAAACCAGAAACCGAUAUUCAUGAAUAUUUAUUAAAUCUUUUAUUUGGAGAACCGAAAUUACCCAAUGCAGAAACAAUUCUCAACGAAGAAUGUUAUGCCAUACGACAUCGACCUGCCUACAUAACGAAUGAAAAUGAGAUUUUCCCAAUCGCAUGGACACCACCAAAUUGUCGAAAUAAAGCAAUUACUUUUCGUACAAUUUUUCCCACAUAUACUAAUAGUACAUAUCCGUACGAAGAUAAAACCGCGAAAGUACCUAUAGUAGUAUUCAAAUAUGACUAUACAAGAAAAAACGAGCUGAGAAUGGUUUUACAAGAAUUUGAAGAUGAAGUAGUUAACUUCGGGAUUUUCGAAUCUGAUAAACCACCAGAAGCAAAACUUAUAGCAAAGAAUAUUACGGACUUUGAAUUAAAUACAAGAGAAAGAACAGGAUACGAGAUAUUUGUAUGCGUUGUAAAGAAAAUAGGAUGCGAAGCAUUUUUAGGAUUUGCUGGUAUUGGACCUUAUCAUGUAAGUGAAAAUCCAGACAAAGGUAUAGAGGAAUCAAGGCUAUAUUUUCCGGUUGUUACUGCUUCAGAAGAAACACAAUCAGACGAUGAAGAAAAGCCAGAAGAGCUAAUAGAAAAUCCAGAAGAAAACAAAAAUGGAACAUGA